AUGUCUCGACUCCGCCUAUCGUUCCCCCCCCCAAAGACGUAUUCUUCAAACCCGUCAACCCCUCCUCGUGCUUUUGCACAGGACGGCACUCGAGCUUCGCCAUAUCGUAGUUUUUCAGCGAGGUCGUCAUCCCCCGUCUCGAGUGCGUCAACUAUCGACGACGACGGUGAAUCGUCUCCGGUGCUCCCGCCGCUUCGAGCACCGACACUGCCGGGUCGGGCAUCCGAAUAUCUUCGGACGCCGCCAUCUAAUCGUAGUUCCGGAGACGAUAGAGAGUUUGUCACAGCUAGCUGGGGUUCACCGUAUCCCCAAGCCGAUAGUGGUUAUCUACGUCGACUAAGCUUCAGCAGUGAGACAUCAGAAGAAUCCCCGCUGCACCAGCUGGAGAUUAAUACACCCUUUUUGCGCCCGGCUCCAUUGACUAUAGUAACUGAGCUAGAUCGUCCCUCGACUUCUCUGUCCGGAAGCGCUGCUGUACUUGCGAACCGUGCUCGGCGUCCCCUGCGCGGCAUUACAGAGGAUUGGAUCCGUCAGCAUACCACCGAGGACCUUUCUUCUGAACAUCGCCAUUGGCUUAGUGACGGAACUGACGAUAGUGAGCACUCUUCAUUGAGAAGCUCUAUUUUGAGCGAAGAGGCGAGUUGGUUUGAAGAGGCAGAUCCCAGGACCCCACGAGCUGACCGACGGGCUACCCUUCACCCGUCUCGAGCCUCUAGCCAAGCGUCUUGGCAUUAUCCGAGACAGCGUUCUAGCAACGAAACUCUAAAGCAAGCUGCUCUGGACCGGCGCGUUACUAGCGGAACCGCAAGUAUGGACGCGCUUGAGGUAGAGAAAGGUAGUCAAGAUGCCGUCAGCAUCCAUACCAUAGACUCUAUCUCGGAAUCGGCACCAAGAAUAGACACUUCUAGAAGCGACCAGCCGAAUUGGAAUAAUUCAAAUUCUGUUGCGCCUACUACUCCGAUUAAAUCGAUUAAACAGGUCGUAGGGCGCACACCGCGACCCAAGAAGAAAGUGCCCUGGAAAGGAAAGAAUAUCCUAGUUUGCCUACCAUGGGACGAAGAACGAGGCCGACCCGGCAAAGCACCGGUCCCUCUAAAUGCUGCUGAAGUGAAAGAAAUGUGGCGUUCCUGGGAAGAGUUAGGUUAUGAUAUUCGUGGGUUUGACUUGGAAGGACGUCAUGCUCCCCUGGAUCCCCUCGAAAGUUAUUCUCAGAGCAGGGAUGAGUGGCCUAAUUCGGAUGAUGUUGUCAAUGAACGUUCUCAGCAUACGUAUCAGGUGACGCUUCCAGAUUUAAAUGCAUGGCGGAAUUAUGUCAAUGAGUUGAAUGAAGCCAAGCUUAGGGCGCUUGGUGUAUCGUUUGGCGACGACGAGCCUGCACCCUCAAUCUCCCCGGCCGCAACAAAUAUGAGUCGGCAAACUUCGAACCAAUACCCUCAAUUGCCGUUCUCGCCGCCUAUUCCAACGUCUUCGGCCGCAAGCAACGGGCAGCAACCAUUCGCCUUCCCACCCCCGUUCCUAUCCGGCCCCGGGUCGUCCGUGCAGAGCCCCGGUAUCGCAUCGGCUGUUUCUCCGGCUUCUUUCCAUGGCCCGUCGUUGCACGGCAAAUUCAACCCCCGCGCGUCAAUUUCUAUCUCACCGCACGAGCUUCCCUUCCAUUUCUCCAAUCCGUCUUCGCCUCAUCCUUGGUCUCCGCAAAUGCUAUUGCAGCAACAUCUGGGUCGUAGUGGCUCGCCUUCUGUUCUUAACUUGAACUCGGUCAUGUCGCCCAAUUCGCCUUUCCAGCGUGACGGUAUAUCUUCGCCCAUUGGCGGUAUUCACUCGAGGCACCAAUCUUUGCAAUAUCCAAUGCUUCCGCAUCAGUAUUUGCAUAGGCAAGAAUCGGCUAGGGCAUCGCCUCGCUUGCAAGACUUGCGAGAAAUUGAAGAAGAGGAGACUCAGAGCAAUCCUUAUGAGGACAAGAGCCCAUCAAAAACUCCAGAGCCUAGCCGAUUUAUACGUCAUAAUGCUAGUGCCAGUCUCCAGAAAGAGAUUGACGACGCCGAGUAUCACUUGGAAGAGCAAUUCCGUUCUCAACUUGAGCAUGAGGAUUACAGCCCCCAUAACGAAUACGAUAAAAUGAAAGAGAACCACUUGCAAGAAAUUGAGGCAGUUCCCGCUUCACACGCAAGAGGGCCGUCUGUCCACUUCGGUAGUUUUGGCAAUGAUUCUGAUGAAGGACCAAAACUUCAUCACCCACAACCACAUAGCCGCGGGCAUUCUCUCUCUCAAACGCCGUACCUCGACGAGGCACGGGAUAGUACUGACGAAGGGAGCCUCCAGAAACACCGGCCAGCUGCGCUUGAUCUGCAAAACGGUAAUAGUGCAUACGAAAUUGAGACGAAUCCAAGCAAUCUCGGUACGCCUAACCAGCCUUUUGAUUUGGCAAACCAAUUUCACCAGCGGUCGUUUUCUAGCAAUCCUUGGGCGGAUGAACGAACUUCUGAUAGUAAAUCCUCUUCGCGUCGCCAGAGCCAUACUAGCAAGCCAUCCUUGUCAAAGUUGAAUGCUGGGGCAGCCGAAUUCAAAUUUAACCCUACGAGUAGCUUCACUCCUGGUCAGUUCGUCUUUGGUAACAAUAAUGUCCAGCAGACCAGUUUUCAACCAACCGCAUUCAGGGCCGGGGUGCCAUCCUUUACACCGAAAAUACACUCCGCGACUUCUAGUCAUUUUAGUGUUCCUUCAACAUCGUCAUCGAAGGGUAAAAUUAAUGCAGCCGCGCCAGCGUUCUCUCCUCGCAAGACCGAGUUUAGCUUCUCUGCGUCUGGACCUAAGUUCCGCCCCGAUGCUCCUGCUUUCCAGCCAUCGAAAUCUUUUGCUUCGUCGGUAACUAGUGCCGGGGCCUCUGGUAACGAGAGCGUUGAAAACCGCCUAGGUAGCAUAUUUGGUAACAUCGACCUGAAGCUGUCCGAGGCCGCCAAUUCUGUGAAGAAGUCUAAGGCUGUCCCUAUCGUGUCACCAUCUGGUCAACACUCUGCUGUCCCUACUACGGAAAGCCAGGAUGGCCAAAUCACGGAUGCUAAUCCGACUAAGAAGCAAUUUAGGGAAAGUAACGACGAUGGUGAUAAUGUCCCCUUAUUUGCCGAGCCUACGCCGGAGCCGGAGAUCUUGCCACGGGCGCAGCCCAGCCCUGUUGCUUCGGAGCCUGCUGAUUCCGAAAGGGAUAGUACUAUUGUGAACUUCCACUCCAACAACAGAACAGAGGAAGAAGAAAUUUCUCAUGUAGGCGACACGACUUUCGCAUCUACGAUCCUUUCCGAAUCUACAGAUGGGAAAUUGCAGUCCGAGUCGAAUGGCACGAAGGCGACUACUAGUCCAUCUACGACAUCCCCUGACCAAGACAAGCCUAGCUGGAAACCUUUUGAGUUCAAGAACGACACGGAGAUCCAAGACUUCAACAAUGCUAGGCCGUUUGGAGACGAUGAACCCUCAUUCAAGAAGCAGCACAAUAAGAGCCUUUCUGCUACAGCUCAGCCGUUUGUGCCUGGUGGCUUUGCUUUCGGCGCUACAACUGAUUCUGCGUCCGCUUCGUUUGACCCUGUCCUCAAGACCCAACCGGCGCAGAUGGUCGAGUCCGAAGACGAGUCUGAGGAUGACCGUGCCGGUUCUCCAACUCCUGGGCCAGAUUUCAAGUCUGUUGCCGAGGCCGAACCUGAACCGAUCAAGGUGCAGCAAACUCCGACGGAAAGAACUGCUCCAUCCACCAAGGGUCUUGGUUCUUCGCGGUUUGCAUCACCGCCACCUGCUCCAAGGGGCUUGAACGCGUCAAGAUUCGCAGCUUCUCCAUCGCCACAACCGAAAUCGGCUGGAUUGUCCUCUUCUCGAUUCGCUGCUACUCCGUCUUCAGUAUCCGAAGAUAAAUCUUCGCAACUUCCUGAAGAAAAUCUUAACGAACAAGCUAGCGAGGUAUCAGAGUUGCAUAGCUACGAACCUCUGCCUGUUAGCCCGCCAUCGGAACCAGCUGAAUCGAGAGAGGGUACUAUCCAUGAGCCAACAUUCGAAGAAAUCGAUGCGGUUAUGCAACAUCUCAACAAAAAUGAUCCGACGAUGGGAGUUAAGAGAACGAUGGAGUCUCCUACAUGGCGUGAGCCCAGCCCUAUGCAUGACGUCCCAGCUGCUACUACCACGAACUCGCCACCUGUGCACUUACCACCUCAAGUACCAUUUCGAAGUGAUGCACCGAGUCCAAGCCCAUCUCAGCAGUAUCUUCCCUUACCUAAGAAGGCUGUGGCCCCGAGACCUUCAACUGAGCUUGAUGAUCCCUUCGUUGACCCUCCACUAAGCGGCAUUUCGCACUCGUUUGAUGGUCCUGUACAUCGACUCAAUAUUGGAGAGAGCCUACCCGGGAGUGAAUGGGAUGAUGCGUUCAGCGCCAGUGAGCAGGAGAAACUAGAACAACGUGUCCAAUACUUCGAUGGUCACGUCAACGACCUGGUUGGUACCGUCAUUGCUUCCAGACUCGACCCUCUCGAGAAAACGCUUAGCAACAUCCAACAUGCAUUGGGUUCUUUGACUCGUAGAGCGCCGUCCAGCCGACGUGAUAGACGCAGUAUUUCCGCUGAGCUCCAAGAGAGCGAUGCAGACGAUGAAGAUGACGAAACGCCUAUCCGCCGGUCAAUGAGUCCCAGAAGAGACAGAAGACUGGAGCAAAUUCGGAUUGCUGUUGUGGAUGCUCUAAAUCAGCAGCAGUCAAUGCGUGCUCUCCAGGCUGCUCAGCCCGAUUCCGUUGAUCAGGGCCCGAGCAAAGACGAUGCGGUCGUCGUAAAGGCAUUGCAGCAAAUGAAAGAGGAACUCAGCCAAACCUUACGACCAGACUUCCGUGGCGAAGAUAUUCGGACUAUCGUAGAAGAGGCAGUAGAGCGUCGCAUGCCUGCAACUUCUCAACCGGUAGUUAAGGACGACGAGGCAGCGAACGCGAGGUUCUCUGAGAUGCAAUCGAGGAUACAGGAACUUGAGCAGCGCCUGCAUACCGAAACGGGCAGAACCGAGAGCGAGCGUUCUAGAGUCCUUCAACUUGAAGAUCGACUGCGAGCCGAGGAGGCCAGAGGGGAGAAUGAGACAACAAUUAGGCGCGGUGCUGAGGAUCGUGCUGCUGAGCUUCGACGACAGCUAGAACAGGCGGAGACAAAGGUAGAGGUCGAAAUUAUGAACCGUAGUAUUUUCGACCAGAGAAUACAUGACCUGGAAGAGCGCCUCAGGUUUGCAGAAAACAAGACCGAGCAAGAAUUGGCGGGUCGUAGGGAAGCCGAAGAUAGGCUCUCGGAGAUCCAACGACUUCUUCGUAUCUCUUCCGAAGAGGAAGAUCGUCUACGGGCUGUACUUGAAGAACGUGAGCACAAGAUUAAGGGUAUGGAGCAGUCAUCAGGCAAGGCCUCUAUGCGCCUUAGCCUCCUCGAAGCAGCUCAGGCAAAUGCCGAGCAGACCCAGAUAGAGCUCAAGAACCGUCUUAACAUUGCAGAAGUUGAACUCCGCGAUGCACGACAAGAGACGCGGCACUGGCGUUCUGAAGCUGAACAUGCAAGGGAGACAGCUCAUCGACAGACGGAUGAUCUUAUGGAGGCUAUUAAUGAGAAUAAGCACAUGCAUAAACUCAUUGAUACACUCGGCGUCCAGCUUGAAGAAAACGAGCAAAUCCGGAAUAGCUGGCGAGCCAAAUUUAUGUCUCUGCAGGACGACAUGGCCCAUGCAGCUCGCGAAAUAACGGAAGAGAAUGCCCGACGCCAGAAGAGAGAGCAAGGCCUUAUCGCACGGCAAGAAGUACUUGAUGCCAGGCUACAAGCUGAAGCACGAACUCGCGAACGCCUCGAAACCGAAAUUGAAAGGUUGGAGAAUGGCGAGCGUGCUGGCCUAAGAGCUGUUAGCGAAUGCAAACGGCUUGAAGCAUUGCUAUCUGAACUUCGUGACGACAAUCAUAAUCUCCAGCAAAAUAUUCUACGGUACCAGAGAGAAAUCCACGAAGCAAGAGAGUCGGCAGCUGCCGAAGUUCAACGCACACAGACUUCCAUGCAAGCUGAGCUAGAAGCUGCUAAUAACGAAGUUAACGCCGUGCGUGAGGAGCUUGAGGAAGAUAUUAAUAAACUAAGAGCUCAGCUGGACCAGGUCAGGAUGGAUGCAGACACUGCGAAGGCACACCAUGAGAUGAUGCUCGAGGAAGCCCAGACAACUAAGCAGACCGAGCUUGGAGAAGCCGAGAGUAAGAGACGUGUCGAACUUAGCGAUCUCAUUAGUAAACACCAAAACGAGAUGGAGGAUCUUCAAGCACGGUACGAGCGACAGAUCAGCAAUGCUGCUGAAGAUGCGCAACGUACAGAACAGAAUCUUUUGGAGCGACUCAGCCUGUCAACUUCAAAGACCGAACAUCUCCAAGACCGUGUUGCUCACCUGGAAGACAAGGUACAGCUUGCGCAGGAAGCUGCCAGGGCAGCGGCCCAAGCAGCACAAGCGUCCAAGUCUGUUAGUGCACCUGGGCCUGUUGCUCAGACGAAACAGCUAGCAGAGGCUAUGCAACUCCCCGAGAAGGUUUCGCCGCAGGCCUUGCGUGAAUCUAUCAUGGUCCUGCAAGAGCAAUUGCAGGCCCGUGAGCAGCGCAUUGAAGAGCUCGAGCAAACUGUUGCUGAGCUUGAUCCUGACGCCGCCUCUAAGAUUUCCAAGCGAGACGACGAGAUCACGUGGCUACGUGAGCUCCUUGCUGUGAGACAUGGAGAUCUUCAAGAUAUUAUCAACGCGCUAUCCUCGGAUCAUUUGGAUCGAGAUUCCGUCAAGGACGCGGCUAUACGUCUGAAGGCAAAUCUUCAAAUGGAGGAACAGGAACGAGAGCGUGCCAUGAAUGGUGGUUCGGCCAUCAGCUUACCCAACAUUGCCGCUACAAUUAGAGGAGCUGCAACUCCUCGAGUUGCACAGGCUGUUGGGCCUCUCGCAGCUGCUUGGGGCAGCUGGCGAAAGUCGAACCAGCCUGCGCUUAACAGUUUGUCCAAUGUCUUGUCUUCGUCUCCAGCGUCAGCUAGAAGCUCUACGCCUUCGAAAUCGAACAACACAUCUCAGAACAACUACCUCUCUGGUCUCAUGACUCCUCCGGCUUCUGGUAUUAGGAACACCCCGCUGGCACAGCAGAACCAGAUACAACCUACGGCGUUCGGUACUACCGGCCGUCGGUUUACUGCCGAACAGUUUGCUGCUAGAUCUCAAGGCCAGUCAAUGACAGCGCGGCAAGCCGAGAAGAUGCCUAGGAUAAGCACACCGCCUCAACAGGAGCGUCGCCAACCAAUUACUCCCCCAAUGAUGCGAUCUGGCGCAUACGAUUCAGACGCGCACGUUGAGGAGUUUGACGAUGCUUCCUUCUUCGAUGAUUGA